AUGGAUAUUCGUAUCCGGAACGUGCCGUUUAUGUCGUGGGUCCAUACAGUGAAGAUCUGUCUUUCGCUGCAGUAUGCACCCGAGCUCGUCCACGUCUUUGUGCUGGAUGAUGGCAACACUGGGUCUGUGUGGGACGCGAACGACCACUUGAAGGUGACGAUGAACAGCAAUGUGAUUGAGAUAUGUGGUGACUUGCGCGGCAAUCUUGCGCGACUCAUGCACGAGCGUGUGGUGGGCCUGAUCAAGACGACCAAAGCUUGA